AUCGUGCCACUCUGCUCUGCCUCACAUGCUAUAAGGCCCAGGCUUCCCUCCCUCCUGCCCUCAUGCUGUGACCUGUUCUCUCCUCCCUCCUUACCAUGUCCACCCCAAGCUUCAUCAGCCAACCAGACACAAGGAACUUUCCAAUAAUAUUAGUGUCCAAGGAAGAUCAUCCUCUCUUUUUACUAGUGCCAGCCAGGGUAGGGCACAUCUGGGUUUCUUCCUAUACUCACUGCAUUUUCCCAGUCUUAUAGUACGGACAACAUCAAAGAUUCCAAACAGGGCAGUUUCAUGAAUAUUACAUGAACAGGAAUCUCCCUUCCUCCCAAGCGUGGAACCCCUGAUGUUCUGGCACCCUAGACUGACUUAAAAACUGAGAGGUUUUUUUGUUUUGUUUUGUUUUUUUAACAAGCUUGAGAUGAGAUUACACAAACACUUAAAUACAACUUCUAGGGAAGGAAAGAACCCAGGAGUUUGGGCUUUCUCUUACUUCCCUUUCCACCCCUGGAGGAUCAAUCAAACAGGGUGGAAGUCAGAGCACAGCUGUCCAGAGAGGGGAGCUGUGGUUAGUGGGGAAGUCAGUCAGUCAGUCAUAGGGUUUGUUGUGAUGGUGAUGGUGGCAGGUGGUAAAGUUGGGGGGGGGGAAUGGAGAAAACAAUAAAGAAUCAGAGGAAACCCCCACCACCACCAGACAGGCUGUACUGAGACAGGACUCUCCCCGCAACAUUUCCCCACCCUGCUCAAAGCUGAGUGGAUAGAGGUGGAUGGUGCUGGGAGGGAAGAAGAGAGAAGAGGGGGAGGAGAAGGAGAGAAGGAAAGAGGCAGUGGAGGGAACAAGGACGUUUCUGUUUCUUUUCCAGGGACCUGACCAGAGCUGGGUGGAGGCAAAGUGUGUGUAUGGGACUUGGCAUGAAAUGACCAAUGAUGAUGAGAAGUGACCAGGAAAUUCCAUUCCCUAGGACAUUAGGGUCUCUGAAACUUACGGGUGGGGUCAGAGUGUAAAGAAGACAGGACAGGGUGAAUGUCGAAUUAGUACAGGGUGAGGGGAAUGGGGAACAAGGCCAGAAAAGGAAGUGAAAGCCAUUGGCUCUCAUUCUCCUUUAAAGCAGCCAGAGAAGAGUGGGUUGAGAAAAAAUGAAGUCCUGAGCUAGUGAGCCACAGAGAAAGAGCCACCCGAAUCCACUGCCCAUUAUUUCAGCUUCACAGUGAAUGGGAAGGGGCUAGGAAAACAACAGGAGAGAUCAGGAUUAGACAGCAUAAGGCCACAACCUGAUAGCCAAGUAGUACUGAGAACUUGGCCUCUCUGAGCCUCAAAUAGGACGAGUGAACACGGAACUGGAAGACAACCCCCACCCCUACCAAGGUCACAUUAGGACUUAAGGACCUCAAAGGUGUUGAGCAAGGGAAGGAUAGGAGGAAGGUGCCAGGGAGGAAGGAUGUACAGAGGUAGUUCUCUGGUCCUGUUCAAGCCCCAAACCGGUUUUCCUGGUCUCUCUGCCUCCAGCCCCAAGGCCUCCAACCCGCUGCCUGACAAGCCCUCACAAGAAGCAGCUGGAAAGAAAAAGAAUUGGGAGAAUGGAGUGGGCAAUUCUAUAAGCCCAGGGCUGCAGCUGGUCCCUGUGUGGAGACCCCCAGACAUGGAGGGUUCUUGAGGGGCUCUGGAGAAGAGGGGUGGACCCAUAUUUCAGCCAAGUGACAGGCCCCAGCACCAACCCUACCCUUCCCCAGAAAAGGUCUGGUGGGGGUUUAUUAUCAGGAAACAGCACUAGGCCCUAAGUUUCCUCUCCCCCAAUAUAUUCAAUCACAUAGAAUCUAUCUCGGUCCCCCAAACUCUACCCAGAAAUUCUCUGCUCCUCCCAACCCUGAACUAGGAUUGGGACUUCUCUGUGAAUCUUUCAGACCCUCUCUCCCACCUCCCCCAACAUUCCAGUCCCUUCUUUCUCUUCUCCUCUUCAGCAGCCUUAACCUGCAUACCGUACCGCACGAGCGUGGAUGAGUGGAUGAGGACUGUUACCCUGGGAGGGGACCCCUUUUCCCACCGACCCAGCAUCUCGACCACCCAGGACACCCUCCUUCCCCACCCCCAGCAUCCGGUGCGUCUCCGCCUGGCCUGGCAGGCGUGGCAGGCGGGCCCAGGGACCAACUCUACGGUCUCACCUGCUCUUCUCCGACAUCAAGGCGUCCAGCUACAGCUGGUGGGGGGCGGGGGAGUCCUGCUCCGCGGCCGCCGGUGAGGGGUUCCCCGGCUAGCUCCUUCGCGCGGUGGGGGAGCCGAGGGCGGGCCGGCAGAGGUGGGGCUGGCGGAGGGCGGAAGCGGCAGCGACGCGAUUACGAAACCCGUCCGGCUGAGCUCCGAGCCGAGAGCACAGCUCCCCCCUGGACUGCUGAGGCACUGCACAGUGGAGGGACAUGGGAGGGGGCCUCCGCGGGCCAGAAGGCCGCCGCCCAUGCUCGGGGAGUCGGAGCAUGUGGAGGCCUGGAUGAGGGCUUGACACCCUAACUGGGGACCCCGGAAUCGCACGUUCCCUAUACACGCCAGGGCUUGCGGGGCAAUACGAAGUGGAACUCCCAAAUCCUCCAGACCUAACCAAGUUCAGAGAUUCGCAGAAGCACCCCCGCUCCCGCCAGUCUCUUGUGCUCUACCCAAAAUGGAAUAAGGCUAGGUUUAUUUACCCAUUGUGAGGGUGGACAGUCGUAAAGAGUAGGGAUUGGGGGAAGGGGUGCAGAAUUUUUCUGAUUCCCAAAAACACCUAGUAACCUGAAGUCCUUAAAUUGAGGAAGAAAGGGACACUCCUCCUUUCCAUUGUUGUCUAGUGUUAAUAUUUUUAAUCCAUAAACCUAAAUUUGGAGGACAAUUGCCUGCUCAUUCAUUGCAUCCCCAGUCAGCACAGGGAUGCUGGAAAAGAUGGGAAUGAUUGUGCAGACCAAUAAGCUUACCGAGAUGCUUUAAUCCUCUCUCCCUCCCUAAAGUGUUCUGGAACCUAUCAUUUGAAUUAGCCGAGUCAGGCAGGGAGGGGGUGGGGAGUCCUUCCGCCCUUCUUAGGAGGGGCUGCAUUGCAGGGGGAGACUGAGCAGGCAGAUUCAGUCACUGAAGAGAGAGGGAGUGAGAAGACAAAGCCGUCAAAGCCCCGAUAGCUUUCUUUUUCUCCAGCCCAGAGCAGACCCCGGAGCCCCCGAGACACUCCCUCCAUCUUUGGAACACGCUAGUAAGUCAUUGAUAACAGGAAGCUAUGAGGGACCCCGUGAGUAGCCAGUACAGCUCCUUUCUUUUCUGGAGGAUGCCCAUCCCAGAACUGGAUCUGUCAGAGCUAGAAGGCCUGGGUCUGUCAGAUACAUCCAUCUUCAAGGUCAAGGACAACAGCGUUGGCAAAAUGACCGGGCAAGCAACUGGAGCAGAACAGGAGAAAAACCCCGAAGGUGAUGCCCUUCUUGAGUACAGCACCUUCAACUUCUGGAGAGCUCCCAUUGCCAGCAUCCACUCCUUUGAAUUGGACUUGCUCUAAGGCCAAGACUUCUCUCUCCUACCACCUUGCCCUCAUUGUCUUCCCUUUCAAGCCCUUUCCUUUCUACCCCUUUCCCAUUUUAAUCUUGUUCUCUCUCUUCGAUUGUGUUGGUGGUGCUGAUGAAUCUGCCAGAGUUGAGUUGUAUUUAUUUAUUUAUUUAUUUAUCCAUCUAUCUACUCCAUAAUUCUCAAAAGCCCUCAAGCCACAAAGUAAAGGGGACAAGCAAUGGAGUAUUGGGGUCACAGGGAUUCUUCCUUUUUCCUCUAAAUAUUAACUCCAGAUUAUUAACUGUUAUAAAACAGGAUUUCUAAAAGCCUAAGGACUCUUGCUUUCCUGUUGCUGCUUAUAAUACACUGUUUUUCUUAAAGAAAUGGGGGUAGUUAAGGGUAUAAAACAGGAGGAAAUAAUAUGUCAUGCAAAAUGAAAAUAGGGAAAAAUGCUGAAUUAUUUCAAGAAUAGCUAAGUUCUUUUUCUCAAAAGAGUGUUCCUUCUUCAAGCCUACUCUACACAUUUGCUGCUGUGAGUUGAAAACUAGCUGAGGAACAUUAGAUAUCAAAUCUCAAGGUGCAAUCUUGCUGACCAUUAUAAUAAUCUGUAAGGUUUUGACUGUCUUCUAAAAGGAUUAGGGUUCAGUCCUUAGUAUUGUAGUCUUGCCCUCUUGCAAUAUAUAAUACUGAUCAAUGGGCCUUGGGCAGUUCUUUAGUUACAUUGAAACUAUGAAAUGAACAAUUACAUUCUGACAUAACACCUGUCCCCACGCCUUCCAAAAUUAUUGCUGCUGAUUUGUGCUGCCAUUUACUCAUUUAUUUAAUAAAGACAUUCAAUCCCAGGA